UAUUCAGCCCUUCAAAGUUAAAGCCAAAUUUAUUUCAGAGGAGAACAGCAAAAACAGAAAAUUCACAAACUUGUGGGACUCUCUAACCCGCUGCAUCAUCACUGAAAUUUCACAAACAAAGGCAAUCUCUGUAGCAGAAUGGCGCUCAGACUGGUGUCUAAGAGUUUCAGGAAAAAAAUUUCGCCCAUGCUAUCUUCUGCUACUUUACUACAUUCACAUGCCACUAGUUUUGGGUUUAAAGAAGUACGAGAAGAAGAGAAAAGCCAAAUGGUAGGUAAAGUCUUUAGCAAAGUUGCUUCAAACUAUGAUCUCAUGAAUGACCUGAUGAGUGCUGGAUUACAUAGACUAUGGAAGGAUAGACUGGUCUCCAAACUGAGCCCAUUUCCUGGAAUGAAACAUCUUGAUGUUGCUGGUGGAACAGGUGAUGUUGCUUUCAGGAUUCUGGAAAGUAUUAGCAGCAUUAGACGCAGAGCUUUGCAAGAUCCAGUCAAUGAUGGCUUACAGGAAGAAACUCAGAUAUAUGUAUGUGACAUUAAUCCAAACAUGUUAAAUGUUGGAAAAAAGCAUGCCAUAGAGAGAGGUCUUGGAGAAGACAAAUCUCUCACAUGGGUGGAAGGAGAUGCAGAAGCCUUAAGUUUUGGUGAUAAUUCAAUGGAUGGUUACACCAUUGCAUUUGGAAUUAGGAAUGUCACUCACAUAGAGAAAGUUCUUGCUGAAGCUUAUAGGGUUUUGAAACGGGGAGGAAGAUUUCUUUGUCUUGAACUGAGCCAUGUUGAAAUUCCUGUAUUUAAGGAAUUGUAUGAUUUUUAUUCCUUCUCUGUUAUUCCACCAUUAGGAGAACUUGUUGCAGGUGAUCGAGAAUCUUACCAGUACCUGGUUGAGAGUAUCCGCCAAUUUCCCCCACAGGAGAAAUUUGCUUCAAUGAUUGCAGAUGCUGGAUUUCAGAAGGUUGAGUAUGAAAAUCUUGUAGGGGGAGUGGUUGCCAUUCACUCUGGUCUAAAAAUUUGAAGGUUUAUACAGCAAUUCUUGGUCCAACCUUUCCAUUAAUCAAUUAUUAUACACAGAACUGAUGCUUUAGUUUGCUUCUUAGAGAAAAGAUUUUAGAUGGCAUGGCAUAUUGACUAUGAUAUGAAUUUAAGUUAAUCAACUUUUCCAAGACUUAGGGGGGCCUUGUUUGAUAAAUCAUUCAAAAUUUUCAUUGCAUUUAAAACGAAAAUUUUUCAACACCUUUUGAUGACACAUUUUGAAAUCCAUUUACUUGUCAGUUAAUGUAAGUGUUGAAUAAGAUAA